CCAGCGUUGGCCACAUGUGUUUUGCGGACCGCUUUUCCGUGGAAAAAGAUCGCCGAAAAUGCCGUGUUUACGUAAUCCGUGGUAAAGUGACGUUGAAAACGGUGCUUUUAAACUCGCUACGAUUGUGACAAAAUUUCUGGGCCUGUGUUGAAAGCAAAUCCGAAGGAAAACUGACGAAUUCUAUGGGAUAUCCGCGACAAAGAAAAAUUAUCCGUGCCAACGAGGUGUACUCUGAUUGUCUGCUAGCUCCCUUUAUUGUACUUGGAAUACAUACGUUCUUCACUUGCGUAUUUUAUAUCGCCAAACUUUCGUCCACGAACAAGUAAAACGAAUCGUCGUCGUUUAAUAACUCGUGCCGGUUGAUUCUCGCUCGUUUCGUGAAAUCGCCGAGUCAGCAUAUUCUUAACCACGCAACUCGGAGAACGCGCCUCGUGUACGUCGUGUUUUAAUUUUGUCGAAUGUGUUCGAUCGAAUCAUCGAACACCGCUCCUCAUUACUUUGACUUUCUCGUUUUGUCUGUCGAAUUAUCGAGAGAAUUUUGAUACGUGAGCAAUAAGAAGAAACAUAUUUCGGACAUUAUUUGGUAACGACCGCGUGCGUGCACGGUGCGCCUUCUGGAAAGAGCGAUCCCUCGUGACGAGUCUCUCGAGUGGGCGUUCUCUUGUACUGGCAGAAGGACCGACGCCCGUGAUUCGACGCAUAUAUCACGGACUUUCUGUGAAAAAUUAAACUCGUUCGUGCGAUACUGCACGGACUUCGAGCAGACAUGCGUUCGGUCCACGGCGUGGAGGAUGCUCCGAGAUUGGUGCUUUAAAGCCGCAUCGACGAACGAAUCGUUUCGAAUUCUUCGAUCUCGUGACGAGGCUGCUCGGGUGAAUUAAUGUGCCCCAAAGUGUUUGACGUUUCUCAGGACUCCUGGAUUGCCUGAGAGGGAGCAACGUCCUGUAAAAAUAUUCAAGUUAGAUCCCUCGUGUUCCGGGACCUCGUGUUUUUGUCUUUCGGCGCGUAUCGUUCAAGAUGGCGGCCAAGGUGGCCACCGGCGCUCAGGGAAGUACCGAAAGAGAGGAGGGCCCUGGAGUCUCUUAUGCAAGUAUUUUGAACUCUAAGAGUAGAAACGAGAACCGACCUUCUAAUACUAAGGGUAACAAUAAGGAGAACAUUGGCGGUCAGGUGGUCCAGCAAAUAGCACUUGUCAAGGAUUACGUGUCUUCUCAAAAUCUAACCACCAAGGGAAAAUUUUAUCAGAGAAGCGGCAGGAGAUUCAAUCCACACAUCAAAUUGGAUAAGCCUUAUGAAAAUGAAUCAACACCUUCGGUCGAACAGAGUCGGUUGAUUGUUCAGAAGGAGGUGCCAGUCAAGCGACAGCAACAAGCCAUUCCUGAGACAGAGCAGACGAAUGGCGACAUUGGAAGCAACGGAGAAUUUCAGACAGUAGCGCCAAAGAGUGCUAGGAGGAAGGAAAAAUUGCGAGAACAACAUCGAGAACACAGAGAACGACAUAGACAUAGAGAUUACAGACAUCCGCUUCGUGGUCAUAGCGAAAGUAACGAAAGAUCUCACAAGGAACGCGAUCGUGGAGAUAGAAGCGGCUUGGAUUACGUUGUAGGAAGUAAAGAGGCUUCAAAAGAUAAAGAGGAAUCCGAAGCAGAAUCAGAUGCUCAGCCUUCGCAACCGAUUAAAUAUGUGGAGGCUCCUUUACCUACAGUUAAUCCUUGGACCAAAAGUAAAGCUACAAUUCAAGCGGUGCCUUUGAAUUCUGUUACUGCCAUGCCUUCUGGAAGUUUAAUGACUGCUGAGAAGCAGAGUGAAAAGGAGAAGAGAGUACUUCAACCACAACAACAACAACAAGAAAUUGUUGAAAACGGUAUCAACGCCGGAAAUCAUCCAACUAUAAUCACAGCUACAAACGAUAGAAGAAAAUUUAAUCAAAAGGCGAGCGAUUUCUCGAACAUCGGCGAUUGGCCAACCUUGGGUGCUCAAGGAGAGAAGAAGACAGCUGUGACAACACAGAAGCAAAACGGUGUUGAACAAAGUAACGCUAAAGAAAAUAGCGGAACUAUAGAGAACAGGGGAAAGGAGAACAAGGAACAGAAUCACUGCCAAGAUGAUAGCGACGAUCACACGGAUGGCAGUGAAAAGAAAAAGAAAGUAAGCAAACAAAAAUGGGUACCGUUGGAAAUUGACAUAACGAAGAACCGAAGUAAUAGGGAACGUUCUCCAAAGUAUCACAACCAAAGGGAAAAGAACAACGAAGCGAAAACAGAUUCGUACAGAGAUAGGGAGCAUGAUAGGACAGGAUAUAGUACAAGAGGUGGGCGUGGUGGACGGAGUUUUAGGGGGAGAGGAGGACGAGGUGGCCGGGGCGCGUAUCGUGGUAGCUUUAGGUACAGGCAUGAUCAAGACUAUUCGAAUUACCCAAUAGACUAUAUGCAGAUGCAUAAAUAUGGGCAUCUGGACCCCGCUUAUAUGAUACCUUAUAUGGGAACAUUUUAUUUCAAUAACACAAAUUACAUUAACAACGUAGACACAACGACCCUCAAGGACUAUAUAAGGAAACAGAUAGAGUAUUACUUCAGCGAGGAAAAUCUUUUACGAGAUUUUUUCUUGCGUCGCAAAAUGGACGCACAAGGUUUUUUACCCAUUACCUUAAUUGCUUCCUUCCAUCGUGUACAAAUUUUGACGACAGACGUGGCUCUUGUUAUCGAAGCAAUUAUGGAAUCUGACAAACUGGAACUAGUGGAUGGAUUUAAGGUUAGAACGAAAACAGACCCUUUGAAGUGGCUCAUCUCGGACGCAGCUGGAAAUUCUAUCUUCUCGGAGUCGUCCGAUACUUCGUAUCCGUCACAAAAUGAAGUAAUACUCUCCACGUCCAAAUCCGAUUUUUGCCCCUUUGCGAGAUCCUUAUCAACGAUUCCUAUUCCCCCAGUUCCACGCGUUCUUCAAUCCAAUCACAUUUUCUCGACGGUAGGAAGAGUCAGUGAAUCGGAAAGUAUAUCUUCGUCGUUAGGCGACAGUUUAAAUCCUGACGUACAGGAGUUCGUACCGAACGAAUUGACGAGCAAAAGUAACAAACCUGUUGUACCUGAUAGUAGAACGGGCCAAACGAUAAACGAGAAACAAUCGGAUAGCGUGAAAAACAUUUCAACAUCAUCGAGUAAUAGUAACAAUUUGACAUCACUCUGCAAUAAUGCGUCUUCGAAGACGGCCGAUAAUACAUCCGCGACGGCCAAGUGUUCUAGUCCAAGUCAAGUAAUAGAAGUACAAAUCAAUGAUGAGUCACCAUUGCCGAGCGAUAACGUUUGGAAAGAGGUGAGACGAAGAGUGAAACCGUCGCAUAAGGAGAAGAAUGAAGAAAAAGAGAAAGUAGAUAACGUUAAAAGCGAAGAGAGAGAAGAGUUAGACUUUCAAUUUGACGAGGAGCUUGAUUCACCACCUCCAACCGGGCGACACAAUGCUUUUUCCGAAUGGUCCGAAGACGAAGAAGAUUACGAAUUAUCAGACAAGGAUUUAAAUAAACUUUUAAUUUUCACACAAACCACGGUGCCUAUAUCGACGACACGAAUUCCAAAACACGAAGGUCAUGAUCGAACCGGCGACUGGACAACCAGAGUGAAAAUGACUCAAGAUCUUGAACAAGCUAUCAACGAUGGAUUGUAUUAUUACGAGGAAGAUUUGUGGGUGAAAGACGGUCAAAGAUACGGGUCCGCUUCAUCGAUCGGAAGUUACAAAACUAUUAACGUGAUUAGUCAAGAAGAUUUUGAAAAAAUGGCACCGAGAGCACCUAAAAAAGCUAAUCCGGAAGUUCCUCCUCCACCUCCGUCUACAAUAGAAGACGUGGAUGUCUCGGAAUCUCUUCCAACGCAGAUGUCAAUAGUUAGCGAUAGUCAAGAAAAGAGGGAUCGUAGAGCGGAUAAAAAUCGGCGGAGACGUAGUAGAAGCGGCAGAAGAGGAGUAGUUCCUCGUUUCUUUGCUGUAGUGAAGGACGAGCCGUCGGUCGAUCCUAGAACACCGCGGAAAAGGAAAACUCGUCAUAGUAAUAACCCGCCUGUUGAACAUCACGUCGGUUGGAUCAUGGAUGUUCGAGAGCACCGACCGCGUACAUAUUCUACAGGAAGUAGUGCAGGAACGAGUCCAAACGAAGGUUAUCUCGCUAGUAGUUACGGAAGUGCACCGCAAUCUGUGCCCACUUUCCAGCAUCCGAGUCACGCUCUUUUGAAGGAGAAUGGUUUCACUCAACAAGUCUACCACAAGUACCAUUCGCGUUGCUUAAAAGAACGUAAGAGACUCGGAAUCGGCCAAUCUCAAGAAAUGAACACGCUCUUUCGUUUCUGGUCGUUCUUCUUACGGGAGAAUUUCAAUCGUACCAUGUACGAGGAAUUUAGGACUAUAGCCAAAGAAGACGCCUGCGAAGGCUACCGAUACGGUCUGGAAUGCCUUUUUAGAUUUUAUAGUUACGGUUUGGAGAAGAGGUUCAGGCAUCACCUUUAUAAAGAUUUCCAAGUCGAGACGGUACAAGAUUACGAGAGCGGUCAGUUGUAUGGGCUAGAAAAAUUCUGGGCGUUCUUAAAGUAUUACAAACAGGCCGAUCAACUUCAAGUGGACUCUAAGUUACAGGAAUAUUUAUGCAAGUUCAAGAGCAUCGAAGAUUUCAGGGUCGUCGAACCCCAAAUAAACGAAAUGCUCCAAGGGUUUGCUGUGAAUUCACGAUCUCAGGCCUCGAAGAGACGCAACAGGAGCGUCUCCGAGAGCGCAGGCGGCGGUAAUGCUUCGCCAACGAGUAGAGUUCGCCGGUUGUCCGGCGGUUCCAGCACCGUGACACUGCCCACCUCCAGUUCCGAAAACAGUUCUGUCGUUCAGAAAUCUCGCGUGGACUUCGUGAAUCUUUCCCAGUUUCGAAACAGAGCCGGCUCGUUCGGGUCCGGGCGAUUGGCCCAUUCCAGAAGACGAAACGACGGUGCCUCCUGUUCGUCGAGCAGUCAGCGAGAUCUCAGUAAACAGCAACCGCGUAGCAGACACAAUUCCGGCUCGUUCGCGAGGCCCCUGGAGGCGAGUAAGUUACUGAACACUGCCAGGGAUCGGUUGUUGCCGAUCAGCGGUAAAUCCGAGCAGACAAAGUCGGUCGUGAUCAAGACCGAGAGCACGUCGAUUUCCCAAAAGUGAUGAGGCUCGUAAAGGGAAGGGUAAGUGCACCCAGAGGCACUUGCUCGAUUGCCAAAAUGGAUAAGUGCGUCGCUUUCCUUGGAAUAGGAUACUUGUUCUAGCAAAGAGAACGUCUCGUUUGAAAUAAGACCACGCAUACAGGAGUACAUAUAAUGUACUGGAGUGUAAGAGAACGAGCACGAUACACGGUAUGUCUCUCUCUCUAAUUAUUUCUCUCUCUGUAUAUACAAACGAAUGUCAGCCGUGACGUUGAGGAGCAUUAGGAAAGAAACGGAACGAAAACGCUAGAAAGCGAAGACGGCAGAGGCACACCUUCAGUUCGUGCGAGAGAAGUUCAUGGAGCUGUUGUUAAGGUAGUUUGUUAAGGUUAUAUUUACCGAUAUAUAUGGCUAUGUGCUUGCCUAUCGGGAAUGUACUAAACUCGAAUUAAGCUCUGCUCGGUUCGUCCUCGGCUAUGGCUUGUUAAAGUUGUAGAGGACAGAAAAAUGGCCCCAGUGUGAACAAGCGAAUGGGAAAUCUUAGGUACGAUAGAACGUGUAACAAUGUUCGACCCCUCGUUUGAGCGAAUUUUUCCACUAACGGAGGAAAUGAAGUUACUUUACUGGUGUCUGAGCAUGCACAACCAGCGUUAUCAAGUUUUUUUUUUUUUCUUAUAAAAGAAAAGAAAAAGAAAAAAAAACAAAAAAAAAUGCUGUUCAUCGAUUAGCAGGGGGAAUUGAAACAUUGUUUCCUCCGCGUUGUCAUUCGCCGUUUACCAAGGCAACUGAAAUGCCAAACUGUACUUCAUAGAAUAAUCGAAGGUCGAAACUCCAGCUUAGUGAAAAGUCGCAAAGGAUCGGUCAUUUUUAUUGCUUCACGCUUUUACAUCGUGGCAUCCUUCUAUUUAGGAGUACAAAUUUCUAACAAUUGAACGGUACUAAAUAUUCAACGCAUUCGUUGAGUCUCAAAAUAGAAUAUUUAAGUAGUAUACGACGAGAACAUGUUCUUUUCUUGCCUCCAUUGGCAUCGAGGAAGAAGCGACAUGAUUUAAAAUUAACAAAAACAAUAUUGUUUAUUAUUCUUUUUGGUUUUUAUACUGAAGAAACGAGAAAGUUAUAAAAGUUAAAAUUUUGAUUCAGGGAGUGAAGUUUGCGAGUCCUCAUCGACAGUUAGGAAUGUAUCGAAAACGUUAUUAUAAAAUGUACAAAUAUUGCAAUGUUUGCGUCAGAUCUUUUAAAUUUUUUUUUUUUUCUUUUUUUUUUUAGAAGUUUUAAAGUAUGGUACAUCAUAUGUGUGUUUUAUCAUUCAUCCGUUUACGUACAAAAGAUUUGUAAGUUUUUCGUGUGGACAUCGUCUGACUUGUACGAAAUGUUAAUCGAUUAUGAAAAAAGCAAAGAAAAUUACGUCGAUUUAGACAAACGCUUCUUCAGAAAAUGAUAGUGAAAUACAAAAACGAUUAAGUGUUUAAAGGAUUCGAACGAUUCGAAGUUUACCUCUGAUCGAAGUAAAAGAAAGAACGAGUCACGAUAAAUUUCAUGUUAACGAGUGAAACAUGCUCAGUUCGUGACCGGUGCACCAUGAAAUAUUAUAUUUUAAACAUACAAAAUAUACACGGUUGUACUUUUCUUUCUUUAUACGUAUAUUUAUAUAAAACAGAUGUGAUUUUCGAUAAUAGUACUGGUUCUACGGAGAAUUAUCGUUAACGUCAAACCAACAUAUUUAAAACAGGAGAAGAAGCGAAAGCAAAAUGUUUAACGUAGCCUCGGUAUACUUUUCAUUGCCUGUAACUAAAAAAUAUUUUUAUUAUCCGUAUAUUCUGACUGAUACGCAUUCUGUAGUCUUUAGACUUGAAAUACAGGGGUUUGAAUUAAACAUUUCUCCUAAACGUAUUGAUCAGUUCAAAUUACAUUAGGAUAAAAUAUUUGAAAACCACAAUAAACUGAAGAAAUUUUAAAGCAAGACAGCUGUUGCGAUUUCGGUACAUUGAUCAGUUUCAUCGCUUUACGCGUAAAAUCAUCCUUACACAAUCGUACUAGUAAAAUAUAGAAAAAAAUGUCGUUGAGCUUUGUUUGUUUGUUUUUUUUUUUUUUUUUUUUUUAUCAACGAAACGAGACUGAGUGCUUGCGAUUGCGGAAGAAGUCGAUCCGGCGUUUGACCCUUUCGCAUCACCGACAAACAGGUAACUUUCAACAGUUGCUAAGCAGACGUUUCUUUUCUUCGAUCUUAUUCCCGUAUCAAACAUUUACAUGCGGCACGUAAAACAUAACGUGUCCGCAAUACGUAAUUUUUAACUGACAAAUUACUCUACGCAUUUGACGCGAGCAAAAUUUUCAAAGAAGCUUCGUAACGACAGGCUUCAAGUCAACUGAACAGAAAAUGAGACGCUGCAAUUUUGUUAUUUUUUUAAAUCGUGCAACGGAAGUAUUUAAUUAAUUAAAAAAAAAAGUUGAAAUCUAGGGCUCACCCCGGUUACAUAGAAAUAUAGUUAAACGUACAGCUACGUAGAAGUAUAGUUAGACUAGAUAGAGUUUAUAUAAGCGGGCAAAAUUGGUCUUCGAAUUCAGUGUCCAGCGAGGCAAAUUAUUGUAAUCUUAAUUAAGAAACGUGUAGUUUUAGAUCUAUUCUAUUAUUUAAGAGAGAAAGCAUAAACUAAAGAUUCGAUUCAACUCGAAACACGAAUGGCUGGUUCAUUCUCAUUAUGCACAGUAUAUCUCAAUUCGUUAGUCGACAAUUUUUUUUUAAUAAACCACGUUUUAUCGUUAAUAGCGAAAGGGUUGAAAGGUCGGCAUUAAAUUGUAUCCAUCACGAAUUGCUUAUAGACGUCUGGAAUCUUAUCAGAUCCAUUUUCUUUAUUUUUUAAUGUACUAGUCACGCACUGAGACAACACAUCGCGAACAUCGUUUUGCAAACAAUAUUGUAUGAAAGUGAAAGGGAUUUUUUUUUCUUAUCAAAAUGUAACCCUAAUUAUCGUUAUUACCUAAAAAUUUUUUUCUUUUAUACGUACACGUAUACAAAGACUUUGCUCGAACAGAUUUCGUAUUUUUUUUUUUUUUUUAUAAAAUUGUAACGGUCCAAGAGCUGUAAUGCGAGAUAUUCUUUCUGCUCAAAUUGUUUACAACAAAGUUGUACCUCUGUAAAGAAAACAAAAAAAAAUUGUUUUCUGUUAUUCAUACAUUGCGAAGAUUGAAGCUACGACGAGUGUAAAACUAUCUUCCACUCUUCGAAGGCAUCGAAAUAACUCCCACGCUUUGUACUUCAUACGCACAUUAGAACUUUUAAACUCAUCGAAAGCUUGACGAGUUCGACGAUCCCAGUGUAAAAUUUCUUUGAUUUGCCAUUCUGUGAUGUGAAACCCUUGGACCGUUUGCGUCGAAAAUGCAGUUUCUUUUCGUUUAUAAAAAUACACGAGCUCGAUUGUUAUGUUCAUCGAAUAUGUAAUUGUCGUAGAAGCAAAUGCGGACGACAAUGUAAGAGAAUAUAUUGAAAACUAUUUCGCACAACUGGUCGACAAAAGUUACGAUCAUCCAGAGCAGUGGUUGAAUAUUUCGGUAGUCCAUUUUUUAAUAUCGAGGAAGCCAUGUUUUCAGACGAGUAAUCGAUGCGUUUAUAGAUUUGGUGAUCUGUGAAUUCCAUCAAAAAUAUAAUAGUUCUAAAAGUCCUCCUCUUCGUGUGAUAAAUAUGACGACUGUUGCGUGCAGGUUACUCAGGUCGCUUAGAAGGUUCUGAUUCGGGACUAGAAAAUUGUGAUUAUAUUAUACACGAUUACCUAAAUGUUACACCGGAUACGAUACAUUUGUUAAAAAUCGAAACAGUUAACAGAAAUCAACGUUGAUUUUGUCAGGGGGCUCGGCAAAAUGAUCGAAACGGGUAUUGCGUCGAUAUUAAACGAAGAACGAUGCGACGUUCCUCGAUUUAUUGCUGUUUCUUCCUCUACUCGUCUUCCCUCGAAAUGUUCACCGCCAUUUUCGAAAAUUUCACGCGUCGCGUUACAAUCGGUUCUCCAAAACCGUUUCCUUAGCCGGUCGUCACGAUCGAAACGCGACAACGAAGUUCAUUCGAUCCUCUUAGUUCGUAUUAUUUAAUAGAUAUUUGUUGAUUUUUAAAACGAGGUAUAGAAAAAGACAUACUUAUAUCGGGCACGCCACGAUCGGUUAACGCGUCGAUUUUCCUCGAGACACUUGUCCUCGUACUAAUUCCAAAUAAGACGAUUCGUCAUCGAAUCCGAUUUAUCGAUAACGUCGAUCGUUCGCCUUAACCAACGACGAUCGUUUUAGAGUUCCUACGUCCGUACGAACGAUCAUUUUAUUUGUGAUAGAGCAGAAAUGUUACGUUAUUCGUUUUACAUUUUGCGUUUACCCACUGUGUCUGCUCACGGUCUUUUCUCCGAUUCAUGCUCCUGCCUAAUUAUCGUAGUCGAUAUUCUUGGACGCGUUGUUCAGGAACCGUGGCGAAAGUUUUAGUUGUUAGUUUAACCCUUUUAGUGCCGAGCAAAAAACGGGUGCUUAUGCGAAGAAUACCGAGCCAAUUUGACGAAUUUGCUGUGGUUAGAGAAAAAGCUCAUGAAAACUAAACUAAAAAUGAUAUUUACAAAAUUCAAAAAGCGGCAUAUUACGAAAUAAAGAAAGAAUAAAGUAAUGGCAAUUGCAUUUCAAUGUUUAUUGCAAAUCACAUAAAUAACAAUUAUAAAAUAUGA